GUUGACGUAGACUUGGGGUGUUGUUCUACAGGGGAGUCUCAUUGAAAGUGAGCCGCGGAAGCAGGUUUUAGACGGUGUCUUCAGGGUGUGUAGGCAUAUAUAACCAGGACACUUGCGGCUUGCGAACAACUCCGACGUUAUAGGGGCCACCAUUCGAUAGAGACAAUAGUCUUCUGAAGAAAUAACUUGGCCAGACUACACGCCUUAGCAACGCUAACGACAACAGUUGCUUUUUCCUCAAAGGAGGCACACAAAGAAAAUGCGUUCGAUUUGAAAGCAUUCACGUAAACUUAAGUUGUCCAAGUUACCGAGGGGGGGUUUAACGGUCGUCACCUCCUAACCUAAAAGCACAGACCACCAAGCUGUGCAACGUAACGUCAGUGACUGAGAGGUCUGUCGAAGCAGGAGCAUCUCCCAGCACAUCAGUUUUAGCUCCGAAUUCCAAGUUUUGGGUCGACUGCAUUGCUAAAGCGCUAGUUUACUUUAUUAAUAGUCGUCGUGUUUGACGUCAGCGUGGCGUCAGUAUAUUUGAAGACCUGCUAUUAUGACCAUAAUAUCGUAUAGAUACACGCAAAGAUACUUGUGUCCUGUAAUGAAACGGAGGCAGCUAGCAAACUAGCAUCGCAAACGAGCUAGCUCACAUUUAGCAUUGUGUUCCUUAGCAAAGCCACUCCUGAUAGCACACUUUGAGCACCCUGGUCGUGCGCUUGGUCUUUUUAAGCGGGCGGUUAACGUGGACGUAAUUGUUAUGUUUCACCCCCUGUAUUCAGUGGCGGUGUUUCUUGUAUUCGACUCGAAUGUAACGUUAGCCGACUACCACAGAAGCCGGACCUUGUCCCUGUAAACGGUUAAGAUAGCGCUAGGGGGGUUGAGCUGCGUUACGUUAGCAUUUGGCUAACUGGCUAAUUAGCUGAGCUAGCGCUACCCGGUAACGACAGCCCGCUCGCAACUGCCUUUGCAUUCAAGUGGCAGUAAGGGAAAGACGAGUUUUAUAUAUAUAUUGUACACAUAUCGUCGAGGCCGACAAUGGCAACCGCCACAGGCGAGGCCUUGUUUUUAUUAAAGGAUGUGAAGCCCGGGUCGAAAAACCUGAAUAUCGUAUUCAUCGUGUUGGAAAUCGGACGAGUGACCAAAACGAAAGACGGGCACGAGGUGCGCUCCUGCAAGGUGGCCGACAAGAGCGGGAGCAUCGCCAUCUCCGUGUGGGACGAGCUGGGAAGCCUCAUUCAACCGGGGGACAUCAUCAAGCUGACCCGAGGCUAUGCAUCCAUAUGGAAAGGCUGCCUGACCUUAUACACUGGAAGAGGAGGGGAUCUGCAGAAGAUUGGAGAGUUCUGCAUGGUGUAUUCAGAGGUGCCCAACUUCAGUGAACCAAACCCAGAUCUGCUAUCCCAGCAAAACAAGUCUGGUAAACCAGACCAGAAUCAGAGGGGAAACUCUCCACCCAAUCAGAAUUCAGGUACACCUGCUCCACCAGGUAACGGUGCCAUCCUGCCAUUUGCCAACAACAACAACAACCCAUUGACUGGUGCGUCCCGUGACACCGGCUUCGGCGGCAUCGGGCGACCCAACGGCCGGUCGCCUGGCAACGGAGCGCCUCCAGCUACUGCUGCUUCAGCUGCAGGACCCGCGACAGCCCCAAAGUCUUCAGUUACCAUUAGCAACGGCAGGGACCCACGGCGUGCCAAAAGAUGAAAUUGGGUGUGUGUUGAGGGAAGGGGGGCUUGGGGGAGAAAACUUAUGGAUAUCCCUAUUUCCCCCUGCCCCCUCUUGCUAAAACACUUUCCCCCUUCCCAUCAUGGCCUGAAUUGGCCUUCAAUAUUCAGAAUUACAUAAGGGACUGUUAGCCUCAUUCUCCUACACGCUAACCUGCUCAGGUGUGGCGUUUGUCAUCAGUAGUGGUUUCAGUGCGAUGGCCAUCCUUCACCUGAUGCUCCAGCUGGACUCAGGGGGCCAAGUGGCGAUCUGCCCCCUCGGCCCCCUGAGUCCUUUCUGCUAAGUCUCACUGUCUCUUUGCCAGCUCUGUGCCAGUGUCUCCCCCCCUCCCCCCCCCCAGUUCCCUGGUCCUUAACCCCUCUACCCCAUCUGUUCUUUUAAACUACACACCCUACAUGAACACUUGAUGCACUUUCUUCACUUAAUUUAAGUCGGAGGGGGUCAACUUUUGCUUUCAUCUAAAUCGGGAGAUGGGUUUUCAAUUUCUUUUUUUCUCAGCGGGAGAAGCCUUAAGAUGGUGAAAUGAGUUGUUGGAUUAAUGCACAAGCAGGUCUUCCUUGUUACCAGGCAGAAUCCAAAAUGAAUUUGUGAAAGGAAAUGUGUUUAGAAUUAUAAUUUUAAUAAUGGCUAGGUAAAUUGAUAUUACGCUUCUUUUUAGUUUUGUUUCUUACAUCAAUUGUACCUACAUCAAGUAAUGACCCACACUCGAAUAAUGGCAAUGUUUCACCGAAGGAGUUCUCCGGUAGUUCUGACAGAAAGCCAAGUUACUGUUAAAGAAUAUAAAAUGUACAGUAUGUCAACUUGGUUACACUGCUUCUACAAUGGUAUAAAACAGAUUUGUAAUAAACAAAAUUAGCAAUAUUGCUUUAGCAAACACAUUGCCACUUGACAUGCAAGGAUGUAAACGAUUGUUUGUUUUUUAACUUGAUCUUUGGCCCGAGAUUAUUUAGUGUAGGUCGCCAGUAGUGUUUGUGGUCCUUGGAGCCCCCCAACUGGCCCCUUACAGAGGCCCUUACAACCACCCUGCUCCCUAUCAGCUGUGUGGACUGCACAGCGCCAUCUGGUGUCCACUCUGAGGAACUACAUGUGUUCAUCGAGGAGGAUCCUCCAAAAAUACCAGCCAUGUCUGAUCAGAGUGUUUUCUUCCUUUAAGCAACGGGUUUGGCUUGAUAUCACACAAACACGAGGGAAGUUCAACUUUAUUUAUUUUCCCAGUUAUACUUUGAACAGAAAGCCUUUACAUUGAAGCAUCCUCUUUGAAGCGAUGCGUUUUCUUUACUUUGUUGCACCAAGCACCUACACAUGGCCUCUGGGGCCAGUGUCACUGCGUUUAGAUUGGCCACCCUUCCUCCUGGUGUAAAGCUAACCCUUCAUAUUAAAGGCUUUAGCAUGUGA